UGGUUACGGUGUCGUGGAGUGCCGACGUACGCGUCCCGCGCUCUCUCUCCCUCCCACCCUCUUUCUCUCUCUCUUUUCCUCUCUCUCUCUGUGCCUACCUACCCCUCCCUCUCUCUCUCUCUCUCUCCCCUACCCGCCGUUCGUGUGUGCAUACAGUGUAUAUAUAUAUCCCUGCUAGAAAAAAGGGGGAGAGGGGGGGACACGCCCCCUUUCCUUAAAAAGAAGGGGGGGUGGUACGAGAACAUACAUAUAUACCUCUGCAGGUGCUUAAAGGAAGAAGAAAGUGCCCAGGGUCUCAUACCCUGGUGCACUUGAGGAGCCCCCUUGAAGGGGGAGGAGGAGGGGGGCAUUUAGGGGGGUUAACCCCCUCCCUCCCUUUACGCCACAUGCCCAAGUCCUGGGCGGAAAUAUAGUCGCCAUUUAGAGAGAGAAAGAGUGAGAGAGACAGGGAGAGAGAAAGAGAAAGAGAGAGAGAGAGAGGGUUGAUAAUAGUUGUAGGAGGAGGAGAAGGAGAGAAAGAGAGAGAGAGAGAGAGAGAUAAACCUGAUUUCCAGGCAGCGUCGUUCCGUACGGGACACCCUUCUCGCAUCAUGCCCAGGUAUGAAAAUGAGUCGACCACCAUGCUGUCUGAACCGUGUUAUAAGAACGCUCGGCUAGGCCUAAGCCAAUGACGCUCGUGUUCGAACAGUUUGGAAAAAAAGGAAAAUAAAUAAAUACAUAUAUUUAUAUAUAUUAGAAUAAAAGAAGUCUAUUAAAGAUAAAGUGUCCCAACCUGCCAGAAAGUGCUCGAGAUGAUGAUGAAGGUUGAAGAACGUAUAUAGGCCUACGUGGGCCUACAACGUCGUUCGAAAGCGAUCAGAAGGCUUCGUUUGAUUGUCGAAAAACCUGACCAGGCACUCCACCAUGAUAGUGACCAGAGCACCAAAACCCAGUAGUAGCAGCAGCAGCAGCAGCACCCCCGUCCCUUGUGGGGGGAGGCCAGCCCUGUCCCAAAAUCCUGCCAUUUGUCUCCUCACCUGUCAAUCACCCUGUCAUCCGUCAGUCAUCCAGUCAGCCUCAAAUUCAUCAAAGCUUAAUUCUUCAGGUUCAUUAUUAUCUAAAUCUUCUUCGUCUGGUUCCCCCGCUCCUUCGAAGUGCCCUCGCGAGGGUCCUCUUGCCUUCAGGAGCCAGUCCGAAGACGCCGUUGUCCUCACGAGCAAUUGCGAGGAACCUGUAGUCCUCAGGAGCCAUUGCGAAGAACCUUUAGCCCCCAGGAGCCAUUUUAAAGCACUAUUUGCCCAUGAGAGGAGCCACUCCAAAGCGUGUUCCUGUCUGGUGCCCGUAGAGGGCGAUGAGAUGACAACACCCGGGGCAAGGCUUCAGGGCGCUGGACCUACCGCAGAAGGAGGAAGAGGAACGUGCCACAUCUCAUCCAGGGAUCCCUCGUCCUUACUGUGGGAUUCCAGCGACGUCCUCGACGGGUCUCGCGCAUCCUCAACGUCUGCUCCCUCUUCACUCGCAUCUUCAUCAUUGUCAUCGUCAUCGUCAUCUUCUUCAAGAUCCUCAUCUAACAUGUCGCCUCGGGCGCCGUUACCCACAGCAAUGUCCUCGGGAGGCGUCUUCAGAAGGCUGGCUUCCAUGGGAGGCUCUGGGCGACCUCGGACGCCCUCCAAGGGCCUUGCUACGCCCUUGUGGCCUCUCCACGCUCAGCAGUCGUCUCGUGCCCAUAGCUGGUCCUCGCGUGGGCGUAGUUUGCUGGGUUGGGCAUUUCUCUGGAUGACCUUACAGUUGGUGGUGCUCCGUGUCACGCCCGUUGGUGCCCAGGUGGUUGGUGAAAACAUGCGGUGCCAUCAGGAGGGAGAGGCCGUGGCAGUGCCCAAGGAACUCUUCAAAGACAACCCCUGCUUGGAGUGCGUCUGCGAGAACGGCAUCGUUGUCUGCAACAAGAGGAAAUGCCCUUCGAUGGAAGGGUGCUAUUGGAGGCUGGAGGCUGCAGGGGGCUCCUGCUGCCAGGAUUGCAAAGGAUGCAUCCACGAGGGAAGGAUGCACAAACACGGCACGAACUGGACAGACGGCUGCUCCCACUACGAGUGCCAGUCGGGCGUUCUGACGGUGUCCCAGUCCCAGUGCCACCUGCCCUGCUACAGGUCCUUGCCCCUGCAGGAGGGGCAGUGCUGUCAAAAGUGCCAAGGAUGCUGGUUCGAAGGACGCAGCGUUCCUGAAGGUGAGACGGUGUCCUCUCGAGCUGACCCGUGCAUCCAGUGCGCUUGUUCCAAAGGCAAUCUCUCCUGCGAGAAGAAAGCCUGUCCUGUUUUGUCCUGCCCACCAUCAAGGCAGGUUCCUGUUCCAAAUAGCUGCUGCAAGACAUGUAUAGGUUCUCGGAAUCUCCUAUCCCCACCCAACGGCAGAUGCUUCCUCAACAGCCACCUGUACCUCUCGGGAGGAGAGAGGACCAUAGACCCAUGCACCGUUUGCACCUGUCACCAUGGGUAUAUCACCUGUCAGCGGCGCACCUGUCCCGUCCUCAACUGUUCCCGUGAGUUCCAGAUUGUGCUGGAAAACGAAUGCUGUCCAACUUGCAGCGCUGCGGCAGAGCUGGAGAACGUCUGCCGUGUCCCGGGGAUGGUUCGCAAACACGGCGAGGAGUGGCAGUUGGAGAAGUGUAUGUCGUGCAGAUGCGCUAACGGAGAAACGUCGUGUUGGACCAUUUCUUGCGAAUAUGGCAACAAGCCUUGUCCCCCAGGAUUCAAACGCAUAGAAACCGAGGAUGAGUGCUGCCCCAGAUGUGAAGAGGCCCCUGGCGUCUGCACUGUCUUCGGAGACCCUCAUUAUCUCACCUUCGACGGAAUGCUUUUCAACUUCCAGGGUGCUUGUCGAUAUACGCUGGUCAGGAGCUGCAAGGGAAAUGCGUUCAGCCUGAAGGUGAAUAAUGAUGCCAGGCGAUCCGCCCUCUUCUCCUGGACGAAGUCCUUGUUGCUUACACUGCCAGGAAUGAAGGUAAAGCUGGGACAGAAAUUGCGAACCAAAGUCAACAAGAGGCGCAUUAAAAUGAAGUACCCUUACAAUGAUCCAAGUGGGCUGAUUAUAACACGAGAAGGUCUGGCCAUGAAAAUAUCAACUCCAGAGGGCAUAAAGAUUCUCUGGGACGGGGCCAGUUAUGUGGAGGUAGAAGUUCCCCUACACAUGCAAGGCAAAGUGUGCGGGCUGUGCGGCAACUUCAACCGAAACAUCACCGAUGACCUGACCACGUACGACGGUAAGAUGAUGGAAACGCCGGACCAGAUGGCCAUGUCCUGGUCCAUAGGUAAGCCGAAGAAGUGCUCCGUCAAAAUGAAGAAGGGGAAAGGCCUUCGUCUGCAGAGGCAGAACUGCCCAGAGUCCAAAGAGGGACUGACUCAGUGUUCGCUGCUCAACAACACUAUGUUCCAGUCGUGCCAUGCAGUAGCACCCAUCGAUCAGUUUUACAACUCGUGCAUCCUGGAUAUGUGCGAGUGCAAAUCCAGUCGCCGCUGUGAGUGCGACACCAUUCAAGCCUACGCUCGUCACUGCGAGCGACUGGGAAUAGCAGUUCCUGAUUGGCGGAAAAUAAGCAAUUGUGGAGGCCUGGAGUGUCCUCACGGUGCAGAAUACAUGGAAUGCGCGCCCCCGUGCAGACCCACCUGCAGGAAUCCCAACCCAAACCUCGACUGCUACACGAGGCGGUGCAGGGAAGGAUGUUUUUGCCCUCCGAAAACAGUUCUUCAUCGCGGCACUUGCAUCCCCACGGAGGACUGUCCCAACAAGGGCAGGAAGCGCCACAGGAACAGCUGAGGGAAUGCAGUUCCUGGAGCAGCCAGGAAGGUUGCUGUCCUGUUCUCAGUCAGAUCUGCUGCUGAUGUCGGUGGCGAUUGCCACGGCCUUUCAAAAGGAGUCGUAGAGUUUUCCGCAGUGCCGUCAAUCUCUAGGGUUGCGUAGAAAAAUGUCUCGAGAACCCUCACCUUUCUUCUUCUGAGUCGUUGUUAGCUAAAUCAUUGACCGAUGCAUGCUGAGUUUAUUUCUACUCCCAGAAGUAAUAUUGUACAUAUAAAUCAUAGCGAGACAGUGCCAUAUACAGGAAUCCAGCCUACCCAUAAUGUUUGUGGUUUGAAAAAGACUAGUAAUGUAUUGGUAAUGUUGGUUCAAGGAAGGCAAGGUGUCGUUGAUCUCAUGAAUUGAUGAGUUGUGCUCAAAAGCAAAAAAUGCCUUGACAUGAUUUCUCAGUGGGGAACAGUCUCUCUUUCUCGUCAAGAAAGUCACUUGAUAGUGACCAUCAAGAAGGUGCCUGCGUACUGCCGUUCUUCGCGUAAGUGUGAGAGAUAUAUCAUAAUGAAAUUCCUUUCUUCACUAGAUGAAUAACGUACUGUUGAACUCGGUGUGCUGUAUUUCAUCAAGCUUGGCAGUCAGCUCUCCAUUAUGUUUUGAUAAGACACAUAUAACCGGCUUUAACUGUGGCAGAUGUUAUGUCUCUCUCCUUUGUACGACAGGACAGGAUAAGGUUCUUUCAGAGUGCCCUUAGGACAGCGAAGGAGUGAUUUCAUAUGAUCAGGGAGGUUGUUUGGGGGAAGAAUCCUUUCGGGAUCAUUGACUUGUUAGCAGGAGUCUUCCUGUUGGUCAGUUUUCUCUCCCAGAGAUCGGGAUUCAAGGAUGUCUCUUGUGUGGCUUGUUCGAUAUUGGCUGUUUGUUGGCUUGUCUGAAAUAUGAGCUUCAAAGGUUGUUAAUGAAGGUUGUUAGGAACUUUUUUUUUUAUAGUUUUUUACAGAAAUAGGUUACCGGUAUGGUUGACGUGCAGACGAGUUCAGUGUUGGAUAUGCAGUCAUUUCAUAUUAUUUAUAUUUUCGUAUAAUUGUAAGCGAGAGUUUCGUAGCUUAUCAAAUGGACCUGCAGACAAUGUAACAGUGGUCGUUUGUUCGGUGCAGUAAAUGGUUUGUUAAUGUUAAUAAAAAGCUUUUUCCAGAACUAUAAGUAAUGAACUGUAGUUUUCUCAGAUGUGGAAGACAUUGAUAUAAGGUACUUUGUCAGUGGGGACUUGAUUUCCUGAAGGCUUUUGACAAUUUAAGCCAGAUUAUAUGCAAACAAAGAUAGCAGGCAAGUCCUAUAUGAGUGGCAUCCCCAUUACACUGUAGAAUAACUUGGUUUUUAAUCAAUUUUUCAUGUGUAGCGCAGUUCUGCGCACACGAGUCUUCACUUUUCUGUUUGUUGAUGUUGCAACUUAAUUUGACUGUGUCUGGUUAAGUGUUUUUCAGGCAUAUCAUCAAGAAAUCUUGGGGAUACAGUACCGAUGUAUACACACGCUCGAGGUUAGUUCGAGCAAAGUCACCAAUGGAGGAGGAAUAACUCUGACCAGUUGAAAGCUUUGUCAAAAAUGAUAGUAUAUGUACUACUUUGGAAAAUUCGCAAGUGUAAGAAAGUUAUCAUUGGCAGUGUAUUUAAUUUAGUUGGUAAGCUUUGUCAAAUAUACUUGCUUACUGUGCCUUUUGGGGCCUUAUGUGAUAGUCAGAGGUUGGAUAAAAAGUCAUUUUAAACCAGGCCUGGAGGUCAGUAGUUAGCCCAGAUAGGAAUACUUUUAAAUCACUUGGGACCAAAACAUCAUUGUUAACAUUAGGCUUAGAAAUUGUAAAAUAAGUGGGAACCAAAUAUGGUAGUGUUCAUCGUCCCAAAAAGCCAGUAUAUUUUGUCACUGGGGCAAAGUAUGAAGGUGUAUGGUAUGCUGAAAAGGUAAUGUUGUAUCAGUUAUAUAAUAUAAGGUGGAAAAAAGUUAUACUUUAUCAAGAGUCAAGGAGGUAUAUACUGUAAUAAGCAAAAGGGUCCAAAUACUGCAGUUUCUGUUCAAAAGUUGAAAAGAUAAAUGUACGUUUUCAUUUUAUUGGUCAAAUGUAUUGAUAUAAAUUAAGCUGAAAAGUUUCUGCCUCGAGCCAUAUAAUUUUAAAACCCUCGUGACUUUUGAGGACUGCCUGUACGUGUGUGUACAUUCGUGUAAGGAGUUUAUACAGACAGUUUUAAAGGUGGAUCGACAUCCAGAGGCAUGGCCAACACACUGAUAAUAAUUGGUUGGUUCGACCAAUUUGUUUCUCUCAAGAAGUACCAAAGACUAUGUGUAUUAUGUGAAUCAAUGCUAUGUUGUUGUUUUCCUGUGUUGAUGUUUGUACAUAAGACAAAUGUUCACUCUUCACCGUCAAGAAAAUAGGGAUGUGUUAUGAGUUCUCCUUCAGCAUUGGUCCUGUUCAUUUUUCACUACAGCAAAGUGGCAAGUUGAAGAGGGAAGGAAUACCAAACCUUUUAUGUCAAGAGAAAAUUGUGUAGGAGAUGCGAGUGGUUUGAUCUGGUGAUGUCAAGUGAUCAAGUGGUUCUCUGGGGUGGAUAACAAAUGGUGAGAUUGAUGUAUACUUGGUUUAGAUGGAUGAAGUCUCUGAGGAGGCAGAUGCCCAAUUGACAGAGCAACUGGUGAUAGAGGAGGAAUCUCUAGACUGGAUUUAGCUGGUUAUUGAACGAGAUUCUUGCAGAGAUGAAAUGGAUUGUGAAAAACCAGCAGUUGGACGGUAUAGUUCAAGGAGAAUGUCAGAAACUCAUUAGUGUAUGUUCAAGAGUUGGAUAUCUCCACACAUUGCUUUACUUAAGAAUUGCUGAACUGUAUUAUGAGUUUAAUUUGAGUCCAGUGCUGAAACAGACUGAACAGAAAUAUAGAACUGUUUCAAAAAUAACCAGAUAGAUCAAUGAAAUUAUGACAACAUUCGGUUCUGAGACUUGAGAAGUGGUUCAGGAAUGAAUGUCCAAUAAUUGUAGGGCACAGCAUUUUAUUCUUAGAGUUGGUCAUGAGUUUGCCAUGUAGUACUUCUGGGUUUUGUAAAGACAGGUGUUGAUGAAACAAAGUGCAUCACAUUUGUGUAAGAUAUGGUCUUUGGUGUCCUAAUAUUCCAAAGUUCCUUGUUGCUACUUGUUUAGAAUUAUUGCUCUUGAUUUUUCUCUUACAUUAACAGACACUUUUGAGAAACUUGCCGCCAUGUUGCGUACAUGGAAUGGUGUUGGAAGAGAUUUUAAUUAACCUUUUUUUCCUUUGUAGAUUAUGACAGAAAUCUACUGGAAUGUGUUUCCUAUUCAUUAGCAAGGAAGGGAUACAAGUUUAUGACUUUAGUACCCCAAGGGAAUGUGAUCUGCUCACAGCCUUGAGAAGAUAACCAAAGUUCUAGUUCCUGUCGACCGCUUAAAGUGAAUCGUUCAGGCAGCUGCCCACUCCUGCCGUGGAUUACGAAGUGGUAGAUUUAGCUCGUGUUUCAUGCACUUGUUCAGGCUGUCAAUUGAUGAUGCUCCACUUUCAUAGAAAAAGGGGAAAGUGGUUCAGGAAGUGCCAACUCCUAAUCACUAAUCAAAAUCUCUGUGGAUGAUGAAGUCUCUUUUUUUCAAGCUGAUCCUUCAGGUUAAGCUUAUAGGAACCAGGUGGAGAUUGGAUGAGGUUACACUGCCCCCAUCCUCGUGUUUCCAGAGGCUGUCACAUUGUCUCAUUUACCUUCUUUGUCUGGUAUUCAUUAGUGUUCACUAAGUUACCUUGUCAUAUUGCCAUCAUUUCCAACAGUAUUGAUGUCCUCAGACCCCGUAUAUUUUCCUUCUUCAGAGAUGUCAUUUAGACCUUCAGAACAAAUGCAAGUCUUUGUGCUGCCAAAGUCUAAUCAGAUGGAGCCUGUCAAUCAAUUGAGAGAAUUGGAUUUACGUCUUGUUGUGUAUUACAUAAAAAGUGCCAGGUACAGUUUGGGAUUUCAAAAUUUAUCAUCAUCCCCAAUUAUAAUAAGUCUCAUGGAUUUUACAAUGGCGAAUGAAAGCACAGGAAAGUGUACCUGUGGUGAGGAAUUUAGUCAAAAAUAGAAAAAAAAACCAAUAUAGAAUCCCUGAAGAGGAGCAGGUAAGCUCAAAAUUUAUACUCCUGCUCUUUGGGCUGAACACCAAUGAAGAAUUGGAAGUUACACAGAAAGAAUACACAAAAAUACCAAGAGUUCUGUGAUAGUUUACUACUCUACCAAGGAUCCAAUUACUGUCCAAGUGGUAUUUUUUUUUAUGCCUUUUCUUAUUGUCCAGGGUCUUGCUACGAUACCAUAGCUAAGAAAAACUCAGCGGAGCUUGCCAAUGCUAUUUCUACAGUGUCAGAGCUCUGAAAAUGUGUAUUUUGGCACCAUAUUUUUCGUAAUCUACAACUUUUGGUUUUCGGAGAAUUUGAACUGUAAAGGUAGAAGAACAAACUUCCUCAUAAGUAGCCUUUGGGUAACAUCUUGGCAAGGAUUAUCUUACAAUAAGACAUCAACAGGCUUUUACAUUUGUUUAAAACUGCAUAAAACUGCAUUGUAGUGCCUCAGCGGCGUGGUUGGUAUGGUAUUAGCGUCCCACCUCGGUGGUUGCGUGUUCGAUUCUCGGCCAUUCCAAUGAGGAGUGAGAGAUGUAUUUCUGGUGAUAGAAGUUCACUCUCGACGUGGUUCGGAAGUCACCUAAAGCCGUUGGUCCCGUUGCAAAAACUGCAUUGUGUUUGGCUCCACUUUUAUUUUCCAGCAGAGAAGAGCAGGGACUGUUUAGUGUCCAUGAUGUGAUAGAUUGGCACAUUGCCUGAAAUAUGAAGGUUCCGAGUUACAGAAAGGGGGUCUGUACAGUCUUCAGUACUGAUGGAAGAUGCUUUGCCAGUUAAAAGUUCGUCGUUGGUAGUAAGGAGUGAGACCAGAUGUUUAAUCAUAUCCCUAAUUGUAAUCAUAGUAACCUAAUCUAUGGAAGUUCCUGAAAAAAGCAGUUUGUUGCAGCAUGUCAAGUAAUUUAGUUCAUCACCUCACUGUAGUAUGUAGUUUGUUAAUCCUUCUUGCUCAGGGGUAAGGUUGAGUUGAGUGUAGAAUGCUUAGGGAAGUCAUAGAAGAAAAAUCCUUUCAGAACACUUAUUUCCAUGCUUUCAGUUCACAAAUACCAGGUCCCAGUCACCUUCUGCAUACCUUGUAAAGCAUGAACACUUAACAACAUAACUUAAAUACCCAUCCAGAUAACUUGUAAAGGACCCUGUUUGUUCCAAAGGUACCUUUCCCGAUACCUUUCGAAGGUGAUGACUUGCAAACCUGUUUUCAGAUAAUUUUCUGGGUACAAAUACACACUCCAGCUACCUUUCCAGAUACCAGUCAUUGACAGCUUAGGUGCAUGAGAUAGUUGCUGUAAAUGGCGAGGAAUGUUUUGGUUCACGUUGUAUGUCACCAGUCAAAGUUGGGCAUCUGCCAGCGCCUGCACAUUCACGGCGUGGCGUUCUUCACGGCUCGUUUACCUGUGGCGUGUCACUUUUGUCAUUGACCAUAUAUUUAGUCCUAGAAAUAGAUAAGGCCAUAUCACAUAGUCAGUGACUAACCCUUUGUGUUCAAGCAGAUUCGUGCAUGCUCUUUUGUUUUUCCUUUAUCCUCACUUUGUGUAGAUUCAUAUGCAUGUGGAAAUUGUUGCUUUAGGAAAUUCUCUGAUAUGACAAAGGCAGGCAGAGCAUCUGUAAGUCUCCUGGGCCUUUCCCAGUCGUGUCCCUCAAAUGGGGACUCGUGUUUGGGUUGUCUUCUUCCUUCUGACUGACCCUCUUUGUCAUUUCUGUAGUCUUAUUUUUUUCUAACCUUGAUACAGUAUUCUAGUUUAUGAUGAGUGACUGUUCUGAUGUUCUGAUACGGUCACUGCAUACAUUUUUGAAAGUUAAGAUCACAACUUCGUAUCAUUAUUUUUCAUAGACUGGGCAAUAAAUAUUAGCAUUUCUAUCAGAGGACAUCCAUGAAUAUUGUGGUUGAUGAAUAGGUAGAAGUUCACUCCCAACUGUUCCGCUGUUGCCAAUCCGUUGGCAAACCUUUGGUUUGAGUUUUAUAUCUUUCUUUGAUAAUGCAGAUCUACAGAUCUUCAAAGCUGCCCAGAAUCUAUGUAAAUUUCUGUUUGCUGGCCCAAAUCCCAUAUCAGUGAGAUAUCUUUGCAAUUUCGUUGUGAUGUUUGAUUGUUUUUGUUCACGUAGUGAUCAGGUUCUUUUACCACGCAGUCGUUCUUUGAUAUUAAUUUCCAUUGGGGCAUUUUCUCUCUCUUGGACACUUGCCCUCGUCUUACUGUCUAACUUCCUUGACAUUGUAAAGCUUCUAUAUCAUUUCAGGACAAAGCCCUUGGGCCAGCCAUCACUGGGAAUUGUGAAAGUACAAUUUAGUGGCUUGGUCAAAUUGUGACAUUGAUCGCUGAUCCAAAAGGAUUCAGGGUUAAAAAUGAAAAGAUUUUAUUGUAGCGACAAAAGAGAAUUCGUAUCACACAUCCAAGAAGAAAACUACGUAAGUAGUCUUUUGAAAAAUAUUGUUUCAUCAAGUGCAAACCCAUUGUUAGUGUUGUCAUUAGGGCUCUGGUAGAUAAUUACAAAGCCAGAGUGAUUCAUUUAUGUUUCUGCGGGCAAAUUUUAAUUUUCAUGUCAAAUAGCCAAUGUCAAUAUUUGAUCAGCUUGUCUUUUUGUAGAACCUUGUAAUUUCAAGUCCACUCUUUAUUUGUAAGGCCACAUUAAAUAUACAACAUACUUUUUAUGUAAAGACCACAUAGUCUAUGAUUUUGGCUUUUUUUUUUUUUUUUUUUUUUUUAAUUACCGCCCCACACAAUCCUGAUAUUUCAUGUAGUGUAAUAUUCACCCUUUGUGCAAGACUGUGUUUCAGCUCUCUUUUUCUAAGACCACAAGAAGUGUAUUGUAACCUUUUUAUUUUUGGUGCAACAGCAAAUUUCACCACUUAAGCUUGUUCAUGAGACAGAAAUCUAUGUUAGCAUUUCUUGUACUAAAUAAACCUGUAAUGUUUAGCCUCCUUUGUCAGACCAGCUGUUUUUUUUUUUAAUAUAAAAUCAUGUGAAGUAUUUACAUUAUUCCAUUGUUUUGGGGAAGAGAGCAAUUUUGCAAAAGAAAAAAGAACAAGUGACAUUUUGUCUUGGUUGUUCAAAAAACUAGUUUUUAAGUAGAAAUGUGGCUUCUUAUAUUUACCUAUGUUACGAUGAUAUUCACGAGAUAUUAAACGUUUAAAUGUG